GGUUGCCCUUUUAUUCGACAGUCUUGGCAGUUCUUUACCAACUUGAUUUUCAAGGUUCCUACAUUUACAAUAUACCUUAGGUACCCUACGUCCACUGGCAACCGGAGCUCAGGUCAUCACUCGUCUCUUCUGCUUGAUAACGUGGUCACGAGGUGGACAGGGCCCUUCUCUUACCGUGGUCUACAGAAACAUAGCGACGUAUGACACCAGUCGUGUAAAUCGAUUGACGCGGCUCGCUUGGCCACCCCAAACAUUCACGGCCGAGUUCAACGUCUGACUUUCUGCUACGCUCACCGGAGCUCACUGAUGCAGUGCUGUGCGAUCUGUUUUCUGGACGGCCUAUUUCGUGGUGUAUCACUAGUCUGGUCAUUGGUGGAGGGUGAAAGUUCCUCUCGGUGACGCGUGGCGCAUCGUUCACCCCGUUACAGCAACCACAACAAUCAGUCAUCAAUAUCAAAAGAUACAGAGUUGAGGCUGGGGUCGCCAAAUACUUUUCGAGGAUUGUUUUGGAUUCCCGUUGUUUCGUCGCACUGCGGCGACUGCUCGCCAGCGUAUCUAAGGCUGGGCAUAGCAUACCAGGUAUUGUCGCAAGAACAGAUUGCCGCGUGGGCGGCUCCACGGCCAAAUCUCUGCUUUCAAAGGCACACGCUGUCGAUGCGCUGUAAGGGUGUGCGUGGAAUAUUCUCUCCUGGGAAAUCAUCGCCAAAAUGUCCUUUACCAUCUCUCUGCCGCCUCUACCUCCCCCUUCCACAUCUCUCCUUCCGCCUGUCACCAACGCGGCAUCUGAUUUGUCCAAUUUGAAUCCUCCAUCCGCUCCGUAUCAAAAUGCAUCGCGUCGGCAGAAGUCGCAUGCCGCCACCGCCAGCCGCAACAGCACGCUGGCGCUUCUCAGCGCGGACGAGAGAACCAUUGCGCAGCGCAAAAUGGCCAUCGCAAUGUAUGGAUACAGCUGGCUGAAGCCGGCAGGAUGUGCCAAGACAAUGCUGGGCAGACGCGAAGAGGAGCUCGAGAGGGAAGAAGUAGAGAAGCAGCUGAGGGAAGUCGAACUGCAAGAGAGGUUGCAGCAAGAAGCCGAGGAACAGGACCGACUCGCUCAACUCGGCGAGACCGGCGAGCCUGAAGGAGAGCGCGAUCUGGACGAAGAAAUCCCGGACGCAGACGGAGGCGCGGAUGCCGGAGGAUUAUCUGACGAGUAUGAGGACGUUGAAGAGGACGACGGUAUGCAGGGAGAUUUGGACGAUGAGAUCCCGGACGCCGAUGCCGAAGAAGAUGAAGAUGAAGACGACGAGGACGACGAAAUCAUGUCUCCGGAUCCAACUACCGUCAAUGCAGAAUGGGUCUACGACACCCGUCGGGAGCCAGACACUGACGAAGAGGAUGUACCUCCUUCUCCUGUGCAUGCAAGACGUGUCUGGAUGCAGCCGACUGCUAGUGUGGCAGGAGUCUACGUCGGGAGUGAUUACGGCCAGGACGAGAGAGACGCGCAGGACCUAGCGAAUGCCAUGAUUGACGAGGACGAAAUCUUCGAUGAGCGUCGCGACGACCCGAGCAACACCUACAGCGGCGGCGAGCGUGAUCUGGAUGACGACGUCCCAGAGGCAGAGUCGGAUCAGGCUUGGGAGCACACCGAUACAGAAUUAGAGGAGAGUGAAAUCAUGGACAUUUCCAUCCUUCCCCCCAGCGGCGUUGGUUCCAGACAGAUCCAGCAGCGUGACAGCCUGGAAAGCACAGAAGCUAGACUCGGCCUCUCUGGCAGACGCAUCACAAGCACCGGCGCAGGGUCAACGCGCGUCUCGACUCGAAGAAGUUCCGGGCCCUGGAUCGCAGAACCUUCGACUACAGCUACAGCUACGUCUGCUGCACGAGCAGAGACAGACACACAUCCGCGGGCCAGAAUGUUCUCUGGAAAUCAGUCCCACUCCCACUCCCAAUCUCAAUCUCAGUUGCACUAUCCUCAGCAUCAACACCAAUACUCACAUCAACAGCAACAUCAAUACAGUAUAAAUCAAACACCAGGCAUACUGGAUAGUCCGGUCGAUGGUGACAACACGGGACUGGGAUCAGUCUUCAGCCAAGGACUAGGAGCUGCAGCUGCAGCAGUACAAGGAGGCCUCAAUGUCGAUCCUGAUUUGGGAUCCGACCCCUUCGCCUCUAGUGUACCGAGAGUGACCAGGUCCACAAGUACACACUUCACCCGGGGUGCAAUGUUUAGACGAGAUGUUCAUGCUCCAGCAGCACCUCCAGAAGAAGAGCUCCCGUCAUCAUCACCGGAUAGACCAGGACAGAGGACAAAUGCCAAUCCCACUACCACGACCGAGAACCCCGCCACCCGCGCAACAGCCGCGCGCAACUGGCUCGAUGGUGCCGCCGCCGCGGUGGGCGGGAGCGCACGAAGAACCUUGUUCGGCCGCACUGCUGCUCGAAGAGGAGCUGCUGCCACCACAAAUUCUGCCAGUGGCGGUCUUUUUACCCCGUCUCCAGCCACGGGACAACAACAGUUUAAUCGAGCAGCAGCAGCAGCAGCUACAACAAGAGCUGCACAACAAGAGUGGGAGACGCCUAUCAACAAUGCUGGCAAUGGCCAUGCCUUGGACUCUGGUCAAACGUCGUCACAGAAUACUACGGAUGCCAAUCAGAGGGAGACGCGAAGUCGGAGUGGCCGGUUCCUUGGGGGAAGGUCGCGAAGAGAGCGGUAGUUCGUUCGAUUUCGGUGACUUUUGGCACUUUUAUGCUUUGAACAACGGGCAUUGCGGCGACACGGGGUUGGGCCUGGGGUGACGUGCAUAAUUGCGAGAGACGAAAACAAACUUCGGUAGGAGAACUCGAGAUUAAGGGCUUUUGAUACCUUUUGGUGGGCACGGUCAUUGCUGUCAGCAAUAAGCUUCAAUUACGAUUAAACUAUUACAUGCAA